ACCUGUUUCUAAGAUUAUAACCUACUUUAUGCAACCCUCAGAGCCAAAGAAACUUUACCAAAGGAUUAAAUCUUAUGUAAACAAAGAUCCCUUUAUUUACAUCUCCACUUCUCUGAAGAACAAGACGCUCCAGUUUACAUGUUCGCAGUGCUUUACUUGUAACUCAACAUGUAAUUUGUUUUUUAAAAAGUUUGACGUUCUUGCAGACUAGAAGCAGCAGUGAAUGGAGAUGGUGUAUGCAAAGUUUGUCUAAUAUCACCUGUAUCUGUCCCUACACGAGGCUUACUCUGCCACCGUGACUUAGGCUGAAUUCCUCUGGGUAGAACUAAGAAAUAUCAAGAUUUAAAACAUAAAUAUCUUGGAAGAAUCAGAAGAACAACAUGGGAAACACUGAGAAAAGGAUUGAAACUCAUAGAAUAAGGUGUCUUUCCAAGGUGAAGAUGUUUCUGUUGGCAUUAACAUGUGCAUAUGUAUCCAAAACACUAUCUGGAUCUUACAUGAAUUCCAUGCUCACACAAAUAGAAAGGCAAUUCAAUAUCCCGACAUCUCUAGUUGGAUUUAUUAAUGGGAGCUUUGAGAUUGGAAAUCUUUUGCUGAUUAUAUUUGUGAGUUAUUUUGGAACUAAACUGCAUAGACCUAUAAUGAUUGGUAUUGGAUGUGCUGUUAUGGGAUUAGGUUGUUUCUUAAUAUCUCUACCUCACUUUCUCAUGGACCGAUAUGAAUAUGAAUCUACAGUUUCCAUUUCAAGCAACUUGUCCUCAACCAGUUUCUUAUGUACAGAAAAUGGAACGGAGACUUCCACACCAACACAUGAUCCAUCAGAGUGUGUGAAAGAAGUUAAAUCCUUCAUGUGGGUGUAUGUACUGGUGGGAAAUAUUAUACGAGGAAUGGGUGAAACACCCAUCAUGCCUUUGGGCAUUUCCUAUAUAGAAGAUUUUUCCAAAUCUGAAAACUCACCAUUGUAUAUUGGGUUUAUAGAAACAGGAACUAUCAUUGGUCCUUUGAUUGGGCUUUUGUUAGCAUCAUUUUGUGCCAACAUUUAUGUAGACACUGGGUCUGUAAAUACAGAUGAUCUGACCAUAACUCCCACUGAUACUCGUUGGGUUGGUGCAUGGUGGUUUGGCUUUUUGAUCUGUGCAGGAGUGAAUAUCCUCACUGCCAUUCCUUUUUUCUUUCUGCCUAAAACACUUCCAAAGGAAGGAUUAGAGGAUAAUCCUGACAUUAUUAAAAAUGACAUAGAGGAAAAAUUGAAGAAGGAAAAUCAGGGCAUCACUAAAGAUUUUUUACCAUUCAUGAAAAGUCUCUCUUGCAAUCCAAUUUACAUGCUUUUCAUACUUAUAAGUGUGCUGCAGUUCAAUGCAUUUGUUAAUAUGUUCUCCUUCAUGCCUAAAUAUCUGGAACAGCAGUAUGGAAAAUCAACUUCAGAAGCAAUCUUUCUCAUUGGUAUUUAUAACUUACCUCCAAUAUGCAUUGGAUACAUCGUUGGUGGUUUAAUUAUGAAGAGGUUCAAGAUUACCGUGAAGCAAGCUGCCCACAUAGCGUGUUGGUUGUCCAUACUUGAGUACCUUCUCUAUUUUUUAUCUUUUGUCAUGACCUGUGAUAAUUCUCCAGUUGCUGGCAUAACUGUGUCUUAUGAAGGAAUUCAACAAGAUUUGUAUGUGGGAAAGGAGGUCCUGGCUGACUGCAAUAAACUUUGCAACUGUCCGACUAAAAUAUGGGAUCCGGUGUGUGGAGACAAUGGUUUAUCCUACAUGUCAGCUUGCCUUGCUGGUUGUGAAACAUCUGCUGGAACUGGACUGGGCAUGGUGUUCAAAAACUGUAGCUGCAUUCAAACAUCGGGAAACGCAUCUGCAGUGCUCGGGCUGUGCUACAAAGGCUAUGAAUGUUCCAUGAUGCUUCAGUAUUUCUUAAUCCUGUCAACCGUUAGCAGUUUCAUUUAUUCUUUAGCUGCCAUUCCUGGGUAUAUGGUUCUCCUGAGGUGCAUCAAGUCUGAAGAGAAGUCGCUUGGUGUGGGAUUACAUACGUUUUGCACAAGAAUAUUUGCUGGCAUCCCAGCACCUAUAUAUUUUGGAGCUUUAGUGGACUCUAUCUGUUUACAUUGGGGAACUUUGAAAUGUGGUAAGCCAGGGGCAUGCAGGAUUUAUGAUUCAGCCAACUUCAGGCGAAUCUACCUUGGCUUGCCUGCAGGAAUAAGAGGAUUAAGCUUUUUCCCAGCCUUUUUAACCCUGAUUCUUCUGAGGAAACGUCGUCUGCCUGGUGAAAAUGACUCUGCAGGAACUGAGCUUGCAGACACAAAGGUUACAGAAAAGACAAAUGGGAGCAAAGAUGAACCUCAAAACUCCAAGAUCCCAAAUGAUGGAGAACUGAAAACUAAACUAUAGUGCCUGGUUCUAUCAGCCUUCCCAGAGUUGGGGAAAACAUUGUACAAUUUAAUUAUUUUAAAAUCAUUAGAGGCACUGCAAAUAACUUUUCUUGUCUUUAAGACCCUUUAAUAUUACCUUUGGAUAUUUUUAUAUUAUGAAAUGUAAUAUUAUGAAAUUGUCAUGAUGCUACUUGAUUUUCCUAGGACAGCCAUGACCAACAUUUAAAUGGACUUUAGACUAGUAAUAUUUUUAUUUUAAAAUAACAACUUCUAUUUUAGCUCAUCAAAGAAAGGGUAUGUUUUCCACAUCGCUUUUUCUAAGUAGUUCUAACUGAUUUCUAGUCUGAAAAAUCCACUUAAUCUUAUGGAUUGGUGUUAGGGUUCCUGGAGUUAUUCACAAGCUGAAAUGUCAUUCUGCUUAUAUGAACACUGAAAUAUUCAGCUCAAACCAUGUGAACAAGGACUACAUUUUCUUAAUCUACUUAGGAAUUGUUCUUGUGUUCUUAUUUAUUCUAGGCAUCACUCUGAAAAUAGAUUACUGAUUAAUAUUUUAUCUUUUGUUUUAAAUUUUAAGUUCUUUCCUUUGUUACUUAAUUACUUACAUUUCCUCAUUUUGUCCAAAAUACUGACAAAUGUAACCAGGUUAUUAAAAUAUUGUAUCAAAGAUGGUUGGACUUCUUUAGCAACUUAAAUUUCUCAUUUUUUUAAACAUAAAUAUCUGAAUCGAAAGAUAAUAGGACAACAAAAUAAUGUCUUUAAAGGCCAUUUUUAGGAUUAGAUAUCAUCAAACGACCACUUUCCCAGAAACAGACAGCUCUUUAGACCAAUGUUCAUGCUAUCCAUUGUGUCUUAAAUUAAACCACAAACACUAACUUCCAAAAAUCAUCCUAGAGAAUAAAACUUUUUAAAACUAUUUUCUGUUAUCAAACUGAGGUUAAUUAAACUCAAAAUACAUGUUAAAAGCUAAAUUUUCCUGUAUCAUCAUUUGAUAUUUCAUGGAUACAAAGAAAAGUUUUUAGAGCUACAGGAAGGCUUAUAGACCAUAUAGAAUGGCUGAAGUUUAAGACAAAAGGAUGUAAGAUAUAUUUCUGUUAGUCUGCUCUUAUUAUUCCCUCUAAAAUGAAAGUCAGUAUAUCAAAAUUCUUAAUAGUGAAGAAAAUGUAUGAAGGAGCACUAGGAAGAGUAGAGUUAAUAUACUACAGGAUUUUACAUGCACUAUACAGAGAGAGUGUCCACAGGGAUAGUCCUGAGUCCCCUGGGAAGGUAUAAUUUCCAAAGCACCUUCUGGAGCUUGCACUGUAGGUGGCAGAGUUUGAGCUGCAAGUUCAGGGAGUACAAGUUUGUAGCUGGACAGUGUGCUAGUUAGCAUUCAGUUAUGUAAGAAACACCGAGAUAAAUAUUCUUAAGUAGUGAAAAAAAUUACUUUGACUUAACAAUUUCUGGAGGCUUCAGUCCUGGCAUUUGAUCUUUUGGGUUUGGGCCUGUGCCAACACUGCACACCAAGGCUGGAGCAAAGGAAAAGAAAGCUGCACACUUCACUGCAGCUGUGAAGCAGGCAGAGAGCAAGAGAGCGAGAACCAGCCAGUUUCACAAUAUUCUAUCAAAAGACAGAACCCCAAGGAUAUCAGUUCUUCCUACCAGGUCUCACCUCUUAAAGAAACAAGCUGAGGAUCCAGCAUUUAACAUACCAGCAUUUGAGGGUCAUUGAAGAUUCAAACUAAAGCAUACAGAAGCAAGCUAAUUAAAACAUGUGCUUCCCCCACACAUUUUUUGGAUUAAUAGGAUUUCCCAAAUGAUUAGGUAUGUUCUAUUUUUAAAAAGCAACUGAGAUUAGAAAGACUAAAUAGACUUGGGAUUUAAAUAAAUAGAUAAGUUUCAGGUACAUAAAAUCUGAGGCUCCUUGGCUGGGCGUAUUAAAAAUAACAAAAUUCAAGGCAAGGAGGAGUAGUGUUAACUAUGAAAGGGGAUUAAGAUCAUUGGGAAAGAGUUGUCAUUCAUAUGUCAGCAGCAGUGAAGCAAACUAUUACACUCUGAUGAGGUGCAAUAUGCGGCUUCUUUGGAGGAGGCAAUGGGGUGGGAAGAAGAGUUUGAAAGCUGAAAUAAGCAGCAAGGCCUUGUCCUACAUCUAGAGAUUCAUGAGAAUGUGGACAAUCACUGCAUCAGCAUGUUUCAGAGGAAACAGAUUCUUCAUUACGUGAAAUGGUGAAGAAACCAUUGUGAGUUUGAAGAUAUGUGGGGUUUUGGCGAUGGCGGCUGUGAAUUACAGAGGACACAGUGAAUGAAUUUGGAAAAAUUCAGUAACCAGAGUGUGGAAGAGAAUCUAAGCAAGAAGGACAUGGAAAUUGAGUGUAUAAUUAUUGGGGGGGGGAAUGAAAUAUGGCUCUCUUGACUACAUUGGUUCUGCUUCUCAGGAAGAAUAAUGUCUUUUAAUUUCCUGAUGCCCUCUUCAAUCUCCCUUUUAUAGUAGUAUAGUUUUGGUUAGAGAAAGUCCUUUUCCUUCCUUGGGUUAUUCUAUAAAUACUUAGUUUUCAUUUGUAUUGCUGUGAAUGGUAUUAUUUUCUCCAGUCAGUUAUUGAUAUAUGAGAAUGCUAUUGAUUUUUGCAUCCUGAUACAUGGCUGAAAUGGCGUUAAUUCUAGGAGUUUUUUGAUGGAAUAUUUGAGUCUUUUAUGUAGAGAAUGAUGUCAGCUGCAAAGAAUGAUAAUUUGAGUUCUUCCCUUUCAAUGAUAUCAGCUGCAAAGAAUCAUAAUUUGAGUUCUUCCAUUUCUAUAAAUAAACUUUAUUAUUUCUUUUUGUUUUCUAA